ACCAAACACUAUGGUUUCUUUAUGAAACCAAAGAAACCGAACACGCUUGUGUUGUGUCACUGACUGACCUAAUUAAUAUCUCCGAUCUACGACGCCGCCUUGAGCUUUGGCCGGAGAUGGAAUCUGUAGAAGCCGUGGAGAAUAUCUUAAACUACAGUUUCAAGGAUAAGAAUCUUCUCAAGGAAGCUAUAACACAAACCUCGUGUAGUAAUAUCGAAUCAUCUACUUUAUUCGAACGGCUUGAGUUCCUCGGCGAUUCAGUUCUCGAGCUUGCCUUCACUAAUUACCUCCACCUCACUUACCCUGAUCUCAAUUUCAAACCCAAGGAGCUUCGUGUUAUACGAACUGCUAGUGUAAGUAACGAGACCUUCGCUCGUGUUGCCGUUAAGCACAAUCUCCACCAAUGCCUUAUACUCGAGGAUCCUGAUCCUUCUAUAGAUGCAAAGAUUAAAGAAUUCUCAGAAGCAGUGAGUAAAGAAGAUGAACCACUUCCGUUUGGUGGAGCGGUGAAAUCUCCGAAGAUACUCGCUGAUCUUAUAGAGUCAUUAGCUGGAGCUGUAUACAUUGAUGUGGAUUAUGAUUUGCUAAGAGUUUGGGAGAUCUUCAGGGGACUUGUGGAGCCAAUAUAUACACUGGAUCGUUUGCAGCAGGACCCUGAACCUGAAAGAACAUUUCUUAGGCUUUUUCAUUUGGCUGAUAAACUUGGCAAGCCAAUCGAGUUCAAGUCUUUCAAAGAUGAUGAGGACGGUAAAAAUGUUUUUGAGGUCUAUCUUGGUGAUAAGCUUUUUGGUUGUCGGCGUUCUAUUAGUAUAGAUAUUGCAAAGCUGACAGCUGCUAAAGAAGCAUUAAGUAGGAUGGUAUCUAUGCCCAUUGAAAAGAUUGUUGAUGAGGAUAAACUUGCCGUUGAAAUCGAAGAUGCGAAACGGAAGUUGUUUGAGAUUUGCUCCACUGAAAAUGUUAGGUUACAGACUGGAGGAUCACCUUCUUUGCUCACCACCUCUGAGAAACACCCUUUACCUUGUGAAAUGACUCCAGAUGAAACAGUUAUGGAUGAGGAUAGUAUACAUGUUGGACUUGAAGAUGUGAAAAUGAGGUUGUUUGAGAUUUGCGCCGCGGAAAAGCUCCGAUCACAGAGUGAGUCAUCUUCUUUACCAACUGCCUCUGAGAACAGCUUCACCUAUGAAGUUACACCAACAAAAAUGGAUGUUGGACCUGAAGAUGUGAAAGGGGAGUCGUUUGAGUUUUUCUCCACUGAAAUGCUCAGAUCACAGACUGAAUUAUCUUCGUUACCAACCGCCUCCGAGAACCUUUUGACCGAUGAAAUGAGACGAGAACAAAUGGUUAUUGAUGAGAAGAGUCCACAUGAAGAUGUGAAACGGAAGUUGUUUGAGAUUAGCUCCCCUGAAAAGCUUCAGUUACAGACUGAACCACCUUCUAUCCCCACCGCUUCUGAGAACCCUUUUUCUGAGAACCCUUUAGAACAAAUGGUUAUUGAUGAUGAUAGUCCAAAUGUUGAACCUGUAGAUGUGAAAGCGAAGUUGUUUGAGAUUUGCUCCACUAGAAAGCUCCAAAUACAAUUUGGAUCAUCUUCUUUGUCCAAUACCUCUGUGAACCCUUUAACCUAUGAAAUGCCAAUAAAACAAAUGGUUGUUAAUGAGGUUAAACCUAAAGAUUCGAAAUUGAAGCUGUCUCAGAUUUGUGCCAUGAAUAACUGGCCCAAUCCGAUUUUCAGUUUUGAGGAAAAAAAACGGCGAAAAAAUAAGCAUAGAUUUGUUUGUUCAGCCAAGAUUAAGAUACCAACGAUAGAAGGUACCUUUGAGAUGAAGGGAGAUAUAGAAUCAAAGAAAAAGGAAGCAGAAAACUCCUCAGCCUACUACAUGAUAAAAGUCUUGGAAUCUUCUCUAAUGAGUAAUCUGCAAAUGCAUGAAAGUUUAGAUUCAGUGGGAGCUGUGGAGAAGAUCUUCAACUACAGUUUCAAGAACACAAAUCUUCUGAGAGAAGCGCUGACGUACAACAUUUCUCAUUCACUUUUGCUUCAGCGGCUUAACUUUGUUGGCAAGCCUGCUCUUUCUCUCGCCCUCAUGAAUCAUAUAUACCUCGCUCACCCUAAGCUCGAACCUAACGAAUUGGAGUUGUUGCGAAGUGCAAAUACACGUAACGAUAGGUUCGCUCGUGUCAUCGUCAAACAUGGCAUCUACAAAUUCCUUAUAUACAGUGUUCCCGAUUCAAAAAGAGAGGUUAUAAAGUUCAUAGAGUUGUUAGGCAAAGAAGAUGAUCCAGAUCCAUACAGAUUUGUGAAAUCCCCAAAAAUAAUCACUGACCUUGUAGAUUCUAUAGCUGGAGCUGUUUAUAUAGAUGUGAAUCUUGAUGUUAAAAGACUCUGGGAGAUAAUGGGGAGUCUUUUGGAGCCAGUACUAACACUUGAUGAUUUGCGGCAGCAACCUGAUAUAAUUCUUACGCUUUUUGGCGUGGGAUAUAAACAAGGCAAGCGAGUUGAGUUCAAGUAUCGUAAAAUUGGCAGCCGGUCCAUUAUUGGUGAGGUAUACCUUGAUGAUAAAUUUAUAGCUUGUGGGAAGCCUAAUAAGUGUGGAAAUAUCGCAAAGAUGAAUGCUGCUAGAGCGGCUUUACAGACUUUGUCGGAGAGUAUGCCCAUUGAAAUGGUUAUGAAUGAUUACAUUGAAUAUGAAGAUGCAAAAGAGAAGUUGAUUGGGAUUUGCAAAGACAGAAACUUGUCAAACCCGGUUUUCAGUUUUAAGAGCUUUGAGAAGGGAUAUAUUUGUACAGUUAAGGUUGAGACUUCAACUGAAGAAGGUACCUUAUGCAUCAAAGGUUUCAAAAGACAACGUAAGAAGAUUGCUGAAAACAACGCAGCCUCCCACAUGAUAAGAACUCUGAAAUCUUCUCCGUUGAGUCGUGUCAUAAAGAAUCUGCAACUGCAGCAACUUUUAGAUGAGAAGAAGGAUCGGAAGAUGCAGAGAACUUUAGAAAAGAAGAAGAAUUCAGAAAAGAGGAAGCGGCAAAGUUUAGAUGAGAGCAAGAGUCCACAAACGCAGAACAGUUUAGAUGAGAAGAAGAAUCUGGAAAUGGAGAAUAGUUUAGAUGAGAAGAAGAGUCCACAACUGCAGAACAGUUUAGAUGAGAAGAAGAAUCUGGAAAUGGAGAAUAGUUUAGAUGAGAAGAAGAGUCCACAACUGCAGAACAGUUUAGAUGAGAAGAAGAAUCCACAACUGCAGAACAGUUUAGAUGAGAACAAGAAUCAGCAAAUGCAGAAUAGUUCAGAUGAGAAAGGGGAUCUGCAAAUGCCUAAUAGUUUAGAAAAGAAGAAGAAUCUGCUUUCAAGAAAGAGAAGGCGGCAAGAUGAGAACAAGAAUCUGGAAUGGAGAACAAUUUAGAUGAGAACGAAAAUCAGCAAAUGGAGAAUAGUUUAGAUGAGAACGAGAACAUGCAUCAAAAGCUAAGAGGAAAAGGCGUUGAAAGAUUUAGUUAAGUUUUUUGGUAUUUCUCUUUUGCACAGUUGACAAACGCUUAUUGUAUUUCAUUAAUCUUAUUGGUGCAAUGAGUGAGUCUCUAGAAUCAA